GGUGUCAUGUCAGCGUUCUGCUGAAACCGCAUGGCUAGCCGCCGGUGCUGCUGUGUGUUUAGUGCUCCAGCCAGUUACAGUGACGCAUAUUAAAUGCAACAAGACGUCAGAGAUGGCAGAAGUUGUACCAGAGAAAAGUCGUGGCUUGAAGUUUGCAGAGCAGCAGCUCCUGCGUCACGGCUGGGAACACGGUAAAGGGCUGGGGCGAUCUGAGAAUGGCAUAUCAGAAGCUAUCAAGGUUAAAGUGAAAUGUGACAAAGGAGGGGUUGGUCAUAAGGAAGGGGAGCAGUUCACCUUCCACUGGUGGGAUCAUGUCUUCAAUAAGGCCUCCUCCAGUCUGCAGGUGGAAUCUGAUCAGAACGGUAUUCAGUUGAAGAAGACGGUGGAGGAAGAUGAAGAGGAUGGGACGAUCUCCAAUAAAAAGCCACGGAAAGCCACGCUGGCUAAAGCCAAACUUUAUGGAUGUUUUGUCAAGUCAGCCACGCUGCUGUCUGGUCAGGAGCAGCCAGAGCCGAAGUCCUCCAGCUCAGACGACAGCAGCAGCUCAGACGAGGAGGACGACCAGAAAUUGGAUCUCUCCAGCACCACCAAGCUUUCUGAUGCUGAUCUAAUGAAGGCUUGUGGUGGACGCACGGCUCACAAAGGAGCCAGACACGGCUUGACAAUGAGCGCCAAGUUAGCCAGGCUGGAGCAGCAGGAGGCUGAGUUCAUGGCUAAGUAUGGCAAGAAGAGUGAACCAGCGAGUGCUUCAUUAGUUUGUGUUACACCGACUCCACCGACCUCCCAGCCAGCUGAGCAGAGCCCUGAGAGGCAGGAGGAGAUGAGCGAGGACUCUCACAGCAAGAAGAUGAAGAAGAAGAGGUCCACUGCGAGCGCUCAUGAGCUAAAUGGUGACGCGGUGUCUGAAAGUCCUGAAACAGAUGUUAAACCCAAAAAGAAGAAAAGGAAAACUAAAGAGGACACUGAGGAAAUGACUGAUGCGGUUUCCACUGAGGGGAAUUUGAUCUGUGUAGAAAACAGUGAAGCAGACCACAACACAAAGAGGAAACAUAAAAAGAGGAAAAACAGUGCAGACCAGAACAAAGAAGAAAUAUCACCUUCACCUGCAGCAGAGAGCAAGAGUUCAGAGGAGACUGCUGAGCCGCACACAGACACAACAGUGAAGAAGAAGAAGAAGAAGAAGAAAUCCUCCAAACACCAGAGUGAACCUGCCGGGGAAGAGGAGAGUAGCAACACAGAAUCCAGCCAAUCAGAGCCGGUCCAGGACUGCGCUCCAAAGACCAAAAAGAAGAAAGCUGCGGUUACAUCAGAGGAAGCAGAAGUUCCAGAGAGUGAGGCAACCAGAAAGCAGAAAAGGAAAAAGUGUAAAAAAGACAAACUGUGUGUAGAUGAGGAUACAAACGAGGAGGCACCUCCUCCAAAGAAGAAGAAAAAGAAGAAGUCCAAAGAGUAAUGUUUGAUCAAAGCUGCUUUGGACACUGAUAAACAUUUGUGUCUUUGCUGAUUGAGAAAGUUAGUAUUACCUUGAAUCAGCUCUGUUGAGUUCUGUGCCAGACGUGGACUUUAUGGAGGCUGUGCUCUCUGAUUAGAAGAGCUUGUUCAUGAAUUGAUAGAAUAUCCAACCCAGUUGGCAUUAUACAUUUCUGCAAACCACCAGAACGUUAAAUUGUUAGGUUUCGUAUGAUUCAUACCUCCAAAUCUGAGGCCUUGGUUCUCUGCAGGAAGCCAGUGGAUUGCCACCUCUGGGUAAGGAGAGAGUUUCUGCCUCAAGCGAGGGAGUUCAUGUAUCUUGGGGUCUUGUUCAUGAGUGAGGGUAGAAUGGAGCGUGAGAUGGAUCAGCGGUUUGGUGCAACUUCUGCAGUGAUGCAGGCGCUGAGCCGGAAGGUGAAGCUUUGGAAUUACUGGUCCAUCUACGUCUCAACUCUCACCUAUGGUCAUGAGCUCUGGGUAGUAACCGAGAGAAUAAGGUCGCGGAUACAAGCAGCCGAAAUGAGUUUCCUCCGUGUGGUGGCUGGGCUCAGCCUUAGAGAUAGGGUGAGGAGCUCAGACAUCCGGAGGGAGCUCGUAGUAGAGCUGCUGCUCUUUCGUGUCGAAAGGGGUCAGUUGAGGUGGUUCGGGCAUCUGAUCAGGAUCCUCCUGGGCGCCUCCUGUUAGAGGUGUUUCGGGCACGUCCCACUGGUAGGAGGCCCCGGGGCAGACCCAGAACACACUGGAGGGAUUACAUAACUCAUCUGGCCUGGGAACGCCAUGCAAAUGUAACGUAUCUGUGGUUUGCAGAAACGUAAAAUGCCAACAUUUCCUUCUGUUGACUGAGCAGGAAUAUCUUAAUUCGUUUUUCAGACGAGUAAGGAGGUGACGAUAUCCCACAGUUGUGCCUCCUCUACUUGUUGAACCUCACUUGUGUGCUAUCAAAUCCGAUUUCUUCAAUCACUACUGUCUGUUGAAUUUGAUAACCCGUUGGAGAGGUGACCAAGGAAAAAACAAGCAGUUAUUUCCUAGUGAUGCAGACUUUUUAAGAUUGCUGAUGAUAUAAAACAUGAAAUGUAUUCAUCUGAAUCAGUUUGAUGCUACAAGUCUUUGAUCUGACGACUCACACGGUGCCGAACAAACCCAACUUCUCUACACUGACACUGAGAAUCCAGUCAGUGUUGAUGUUUGUAGGUUGGGACAUGUUGUCAAACAGUUGCCUUUAUGUGAAAUGUGCAUUUUACUGAAAAAUUGAAAUGAAAUGUUAAGAGUUGAGUCGAGUGUCUGGAUCAUGAAUCUUUAAGGUAUUCGCAAAAUGGUGCCAUUGUUUUAUUUUAAGGAGGCAAAACAUGGAAAUACACAUCAGAUGGACUGAACUACUGGUCUUAACAUGAAAUCCUGAACUUUUGAUGCACAUUAAAUAAUUUGAUGAAUCAA